UGAGCUGAACAACAACACAACACAGAAACCUGAGGAGACCACAAACACACGAGCCAAAUACCCAUCACUGCUAAAAUACUCUGCCCGUAGAAUUAAGUGUAAAACAGUGUAAAAGUACUUCGACUUGACUUAGUUUGUUUCCUGUUCAGAAGGGAUUUAGACCUCCUCUUCCUCCAUUCUCUAAUGCCAACAACAACAGCCGUCGAAGGAACGGGGGAGUGCACUCGGUCUGAAGAGUGAAGAAUUAAGGGAUAUUUUCUUUUCAGUCUGAAUCUCAACUCCUCCGGUCCUUUGGGAUCAUGGCAAAAGAUAUCGUACUAAGUUCAUGUCCUCUGCAGGCUGGUCUGAUUGAAACAAAUGGAGAGCUGAAGGUUUUCAUUGAUCAGAAUAUGAGCCCCAGCAAAGGUGUCCUAUCUUUGGUUACUGUCCAACCCACAGCUGUCCCUGUGGCCAAACAGCUACUACCCAAAACCCUUGGGCCUUCCAACGUGAACAUCACUGCACACAUGCAACAUGUGCCACACAUGGUAAUUGGAACACCUCAGAGGCCCACAGUAUCAAAUACCAUUUUGGUGAACAGUCCUCAUACACCAAGUUCCCAGUUCCUCACUCAGAGUCAACCAUCUGACGCUUCUCCAUGGUCAUCAGGUAAGCGUGGUAAGAAAGGAGAAAAGAAUGGGAAGGGCUUGAGGCAUUUCUCCAUGAAAGUGUGUGAGAAAGUGCAGAAGAAAGGAGUCACCACCUACAAUGAGGUUGCAGAUGAACUGGUGGCAGAAUUCAGCUCUGCAGAUAACCACAUGUCUCCAAACGACUCACACGUGUAUGACCAGAAGAACAUUCGGAGGCGUGUGUAUGAUGCACUUAAUGUGCUCAUGGCCAUGAACAUUAUCUCUAAAGAGAAGAAAGAAAUAAAGUGGAUUGGCCUUCCCACCAACUCAGCACAGGAGUGCCAAAACCUAGAGGUGGAAAGACAAAGGCGGCUGGAGAGGAUUAAGCAGAAACAAUCACAACUUCAGGAGCUCAUACUGCAGCAAAUAGCGUUUAAGAACCUGGUUCAGCGGAACAGACAAACAGAGCAGCAGGCAAACAGACCUCCACCCCCCAACUCCAUCAUCCACCUUCCAUUUAUUAUUGUCAACACCAGCAAGAAAACUGUCAUCGACUGCAGCAUCUCCAACGACAAGUUUGAGUAUUUGUUCAACUUCGACAGCAUGUUUGAGAUCCACGAUGACAUCGAGGUGCUGAAACGCAUGGGCAUGGCCUGUGGUUUGGAGGUGGGAAAGUGUUCUCCAGAGGAUCUGAAGGUCGCACGUAAUUUAGUGCCCAAAGCUCUGGAGCCCUACGUUAUAGAGAUGGCAAAGGGUCCCAUUAGUAAUGUCUACAUCACUGGAGGAUCCUCAGCAAAUGGAACUCGUUACCCUGCAAGCAGUGAUGGCUGCACCGAUGGCACUAUGGCCUCCAGCUCAAAUGACUCUCACUACAGCGGCUCUCGUGUGGAGACUCCAGUGUCGUACAUGGGGGAUGACGACGAUGAGGAUGAGUACGACGAGAACGACGACGAAGAUUAAACCUGUCUUUAGUUCGCCGCUCCAACAAGCACAGUCCUUCAAACCACCUUCACCGUGGGAAUCUAGUCCCCCCUGUUUGUGUGUGUGCUUCUACCACCUUUCCCUCUGCUCCCCAUGCCUGUAUUUCUGUCUGGCUUUUUCAGGGGUGUAGAUGAAAAUCGAACAGAAGUGUGUGCGCGUGUUUCGCACCCAUCUUUUUCUGCUCCCGAAUCCUGUGCACAUGCAUUACAGCUCUGGGGGUGGUGUCGUCCAAGGGAACUGUGGUCUGUGGCCCUGCCACCACACUGAAGUCUUUGUAUGUCUAAUCCACUUCUUAAUAAGCCAUCCCACUAAAAACAACCCUCUGUAAAACCUACUGCUGUUGGAGAAUGUAUAAUGUACUUGUUUGAAUAGUUAUUCCUAUUAUGUUCCAGUUACAUAUAGCAGACACGAUGAUCAAAAUUUUCCAUGAUGGCCAAAUUGUCUGCUUGACGUUUGUUAGAGCAGCACCAUGGACUCUGAAUGGCCUAAUACAGUUGCCAUGUCAUCUCAGGAUGGGGCUCCAUCAGAUGUGUCGAUUUUUUUGUUAUGUUCUGGGCAAUAAUUUGAAAUAGUUUGUUAUCCCCCUUUUGUUGGGCCGGCUUCCUUCUGUUGUAUAGGCAGCUGCUUUCCUGAUCUUGUUUGCUAGUUUUGUUUAUAUAUAUUUUUUGUAUUUCUGGAGUUGAGGAAUUCUCCAUCACCACCCUAUUAACGCCUUGGUAGUGUUUACAAAAAUUAUGGCACCAGCAAGGUCAGAACUUUCAUAACCCCUGGCUCCUGAUAGGUAAAUAAGCUUUGUUUGUUAAUUACGUACAUGAGUCCUACAACGAUUGUAGCUUAUAGUAUCCUUUAGAGGCCAGUGGUAAGAGAUAAAAAAAUUAUUGAUGUAACAAAAUGUGUGGUUGUGUAGGUCUUGGUGUGUUCCUUCAAAGAUCUCUUUUAAAACUGAGCAACACAUGUACUGACUUCCAAAUACCUUUUCUGUAAUCUAAUAUAAGUUUGCAAAUUAAAUAUAGAUUGUUUUAAUAA